GGUGGGACUGGGUUUUGCGGAAGUGACUUCCCGGAAGAAGCGUGGCUGCUUCUGCCAUCGGGCGAGGUGCUGAGUGCUGAGCGGCUGACACCAUGCAAUCAGAUGAUGUUAUCUGGGAUACACUGGGAAACAAGCAAUUUUGUUCCUUCAAAAUAAGAACAAAGACUCAAGGCUUUUGCAGAAAUGAAUAUAGCCUGACUGGACUGUGUAAUCGGUCAUCUUGUCCCCUGGCAAAUAGUCAGUAUGCCACUGUCAAAGAAGAGAAAGGGCAGUGCUACUUGUAUAUGAAGGUUAUAGAACGAGCAGCUUUUCCUAGGCGUCUCUGGGAACGGGUCCGGCUCAGUAAAAACUAUGAGAAAGCACUGGAGCAAAUUGAUGAAAAUCUGAUUUACUGGCCCCGCUUCAUUCGACACAAAUGUAAGCAGAGAUUCACCAAGAUAACCCAGUACCUAAUUCGAAUUAGAAAACUUACACUAAAGCGACAGAAGAAACUUGUUCCUUUGAGUAAGAAGGUGGAGCGUAGGGAGAAAAGAAGAGAGGAAAAGGCAUUAAUAGCCGCUCAGCUGGACAACGCCAUUGAGAAGGAAUUGCUGGAGAGACUGAAACAAGAUACGUAUGGUGACAUCUACAACUUCCCCAUUCACGCCUUCGACAAGGCUCUGGAACAACAGGAGGCAGACAGUGAUUCUUCAGAAGCCGAGGAGAAAGAUGACGAAGAUGAAGAUGAAGAUGUAGGAAAAAGAGAAUUUGUGGAAGAUGAUGACGUGGAUCAGAGUGACCUAAGUGAUUUUGAGGAUAUGGAUAAACUGGAGGCCAGUGAUGAUGAAGAUCAGGAUGAUAAAUCAUCCAGUGAAGAAGAAGAACGGGCUAACACGAAACACAAAGGGAAAACACCCUUGAAAGGAGUUCUGCGCAGAAAACGAGCCUAUGUGGAGAUAGAGUAUGAACAGGAGACAGAGCCGACGGCCAAGGCCAAAAGCACGUGACUUCUCUCCAAGAGUAAUCAGGACUGAGCAUUCUGAAGGUCUUUUUGUCUUACACACACCUCCAGUUUUUUGCUCUUUUGUAUUAUUUCACACAAUAUUUGUGUUUUUAAUAUUUAUCCUACUUUUCACUGGGGAAUACAGACUGAAUGGGGAACCUC